AUGGUAGAUAGUCAAGUUGACUAUGGUGUACAAUUAGAAGCAGAUAGCGUUGUCAAUUGGAAUAUCGAUAUUCUCUUCGAUGUCAUACGUCAUUGGCCAUAUCCAUUACCAUUAGCACCUCGUCAUCCCGAUGAUCCUAUGAAUUAUCUCCACUUUUUGAAGAAAUUUAAUCUCAAACUAGCUGGACGAACUACACCAUAUGUUCACGCUCAAUUCUCAUGGAACUAUCGAGCAUAUCCAUUUCUUCGAGAUGCUUUAGCUUUAAUGCGACAUGGUCACUUCAUCGGUGCAAAUUUUGAUGAGACAGGCAUAAAUAUUCUUCUCUGGCAAGCCAAGGCCAAUCAUACACUAUGUCAAAUCGAUCCAUUUUUUGGCUAUUUAUCGGAGUACGAAACGAAAAAUAUAACAUGUCAGAAAUAUUGUCAUAAAGUAUUCAUGUUUUUACAUGGUGGAAAAGAACUAAGUGCGAUGCGUGAUGUCUUUCAACGACUGAAAAAACAUGUUGGAUCACCUUUUGUUCUGACUGAAAACAGCGGUCUGCACUAUUUGAAUGAGACAAACAUUACAUGCUGCUAUCCGGGCAGUCGUUCAUCCUCGAUUCAUCCACUUCUAUGCCAAUAUACAUCUUGA